AUGCAGGCUCGCAAGCCCAACCUGUACCCAACAUGCGUGUGCCGACGAUGCGAGCUCGAGAAGGAGGAUACCGAUCACGUCUGGAAAUGCCCUUCGGCAGCUGAGACCACCACUGAGAUCUGGAAGGAGGCCAUGGGCAAGAUUAAUGAGUGGGGUGUGCAGGCGACAAACAGCUACAACGCAGCCAGGAAGCGAGAAUACAAACGCGCGGUGGACAGAGGUCGUCAGACAGUCCUUCACAAGUUUGUUGGCUACCUGGAGGCGCAGGCCUCGGAGCUGAUCUGGAAACCUCGGUGCUCCGCGACGAUCGCGUGGGAACAAAGCCAGGGCAUCUCUGCCAAGGACAAGACAUCCAAGUACACAGGCCCCCGAGGUGACUGGAGUCAAGGAUACGGUUACAUCACGCACGAUGGUUUCUCGACAAUUGUUGCGCAGAGCCAGGUCCUGGACCGGACUGCGACUGGUGGAUGGUGCACUGAAGAGUUUGGUCUGUAG